UGGACUCGUCCAGGUGCAAUGCACACUGUGGGGUGAAACGGAGGGGAGGAAGCUCUGCGCCGCUGGUUUCGCUGCGGAUGGGAGAGCGUUAGAGAGCCGUCAAACCCUUCCUAGCCGGACCGGACAGCGUCGUAUCUUCAAGACGGUGCGUAAGGAAGCGAGGAGAGUGACCGAGAAAGAGACGCGCCGGAUGCUGCGGUGAACGGGAGGAGCACAGCCAAUCAGCGCGCUCGGUUCCGCAUUACGUCACGGUGUGAGAAAAAUCUGGUGCCCUCAGUACGCGGCAAGCUGGAUGGGACCGCAGGAGUAGCGCGCCAGCCCCACGGAAACAACCGACGGGCCUCGCAACCUACCGCCACGGCCACAGGAACCACCCUCACCGGCAUCCCUAUCCCAGAAAGGAGGAUCACGCUACCAAGGCGCAGGGUCAGCCAGGCUGUAGCCAUGAACAUAAUGACUGCUGUGAUUGUGGGGACGCUGAUGUUUGCGGCCAUCUCUGGUGGGAUCAGCCACGCAUGGCCCAGGGGACACGCCAGCCACGAGAGCCACAACGAGGUGCUCAAGCCCCACCACAAGGCGGCUGAGGACCACCCGGCCGCAAAGCCACUCCAGGCAGCUCCGGACGACGUGCCCGUGGCCCUCCCGCAGAAGGCAUACGACGACAUUGAACUUCCCUUGGACAAGGACCCGGCUGUUCCGCAGAAGUCUGGAGCCAUCAAGGAUGUGGACUAUAAGGCACAGGGGCUGGAACUGGCAGUUGACAAAGAGUACGAGAUCGACGCUUGCUCAGAGACGUUCUGCGGCCCAGGGAGGCACUGCCGGGUGAGCCCGGAGAGCGGCGACGCGGAGUGCGUGUGCCUGGACGCCUGCCGCCCCCACAAGAAGCCGGUAUGCGGAAACGACGGCAAGCUGUACCCGAACCACUGCGAGCUGCACCGGAUGGCCUGUGUGCUGAAGAAGAGGAUCACCAUAGCUCACAACAAGGACUGUUUUUAUCAAGGUGACAACUGCACAGAUGAGGAGUAUGAGAAACUUAAGACAGCUCCUGCUGCUGAUUGGCUCUUAUUGGCUAUUACAGGGGACAACUGUACAGAUGAGGAGUAUGAGAAGCUGAAGACCCAGCUGCUGCGGCUGCAGAACCGUAAGUUUGCGCAAUCCCCGGACGCCCAGGGCCUCGGGCAGGAUGAGCUGUCAAUCAAGAAGUUCCUGGUGACUAUGAUGUUUGAGUACUGGGACCUGGACAAUGAUGGACAGGUGUCAAGCAACGAGAUGGGACAGGUGAUGCGGAAGGAAGAUGAGCUGGCCGAGGUGCUGACCACCUGCUCUCUGUACGACCUGCUCAAGUUUGAUGACAUCAACGACGACCAUCGAGUGGACAUAGACGAGUUUUACAACGCCUUCGGUGUCACCCCAGUCCACCUGUCGGAUGAGAAGAAGAGCCUGGUUACCGUGGCGAAAGUUGGAGACAGCCUGGCGCUCAGGUGUGACAUCACAGGUGACCCGGAGCCAAUCCUGGUCUGGCAGCGCCACGGAGUCGACCUGACAACCAUCGACCUGAGUAGGGACGGCAUCACGGUGUUUGACGAUGGCACGUUGUACAUCACCUCCUUGUCCACCCUGCACAUGGGGAACUACAGCUGCCGAGCCCUGCACAACGGCCAGGUCGUGCAAGUUCACACUGUCAAGGUUCAAGUGCCGCCGUCCACGAAGGUGUCUCCCCGGAGACAGGCGCACAGCCCUGGCAGCACGGCCGAGCUGAAGUGCCACGCCGAGGGGAUCCCCACGCCCGCCGUCAAGUGGCUGAAGAACGGUGGCAACCUCGACCCCAGCGAGUCUCCGCAUGUCUCACUGCAAGACUCGGGUAGCGUGCUCCACAUCAGUAACGUGCGGACGGAGGACAUGGGAGCCUACAUCUGUCACGCCGAGAACCUGGUCGGGUCGUCUGAGGACAUCUCCACCCUCUUCGUCCAGGAUGGUGGACAUUUUAGCAGUCUGCAGCUGGAAAGUGUUUUCUACGUCUUCCACGACGACGGAGUGAACAUCUUCCAGCCCGGCACCUGCCAGCUGGUCCACCACAUCAAGGCCUCCGACAAGAUCCUGGCCACACAGGAGCCCGUCUGCACCCCAGACAUGGACGGUAACCAGGUAUGCAGUUGGGGAUCGGCAGUGAAUGUCCUGGACACCUACAUCUACGUGAGCCAGCCACAGGAGAACAGGGUGCUGGUGCUGGAGACCCGCACUCAGCAGGUCAUACAGGUGAUCCAGACAGACCCCUUACCUGUGGACCUACAGUACAUGGAGGAGCUGGACCAGGUCUGGGUUCUGAACUGGGGGGACAUGGAGAGGUCAUUCCAGACCCUAGAGGUCAUCCGCGAAGCUAGUGCAGCCGUGACGCACCGCACUAUCCACACUGAGCCAGUUGAGAACCAUUUUGACCACGUGGAGUCAUUCUUCCUGCCACCUGUGAAGAUGCUGGAGCAGAACUUCAAGUACGCAUACCUGGUGCACCGGGACCAGCCCAAGAUUGACAAGAUGGACGUGGAGACAAUGAAGUAUGUCAGGACUAUCGACCUGACAGAACAGAACUGCCACCCACAAUCCCUUGCCUUCUCCCCGGUGUCGGGUUACGUCGUGGUGCAGUGUAGCGGUAUCCGUGACGACCAGCGUCACAACGUGGACGACGAUUCGCAGGUUCUUCUGGAUGCCCUCACUGAUGCUGUCAUCCAGGUGAAUCCAGAAAUCCACGGCAAGCCGCACGUGUCUCCGGACGGUCGCUACAUCGUCAGCAUCGACAACGAAUCAGAGCUGAUCGUGGUGCAGAGCAUCUCAGAGGAUGGCCAGCUGUCCCUGUCAUUCGAGGUUCACACCAACCUGCAUGUGAGCGACGUGGCCUUCCACCCGACCAGCGGCUUCAACUCCUACAACCUCUACGUCAGCUCCGAGAGCAAGACGGACAUCCUCUUCGUCAACCUCCUCAACGGCAAGGUCAAAAUGAUCAAGGGCGUGAAGUCCGCCAUGCCGGUGGAGCACUGGCCGUGGGACGAGAGUAACCGCGCCAUCAUCAGCACGGGGCUCUUUGGAAACUACCUCGUCUCUCCGUCCGAGGAGGCCAUCUUUGUGGUCGACUCAAAACUGGACAAGGUCAACUGCGAAAUUGACCAGGUGAAGCACGGCAACGUCAUUGUAUGGGUGGGGGAGCUCUGAUAAAUUUUGCGGGAUGCAUUAAAGUGAAUUAAGAAAAUCGUGGUUGCAAUUUUGAAAAGGGAAACGUCCUCUGAAUUCCUGGCAACAAAUUGUGUCAGCAAAACGAGAUGCAACCUCUGUGUGUGAACUCCCCACUAUAGCUGUGAAGGUGGUAAAAACUGUGCAAUUCUUGUGAGAACAAUGAAACGUUUCGACAGCGGGGAACUCACAUUCUAGAAGUUUUCUUAGGAAACGAGAAGCAUGCCUGACGGAAAAUUUUGCUAAUUUCUCAGAGGUGACUUUUUUAACACUGUACAAUCAUGUAUGUCCUGAAAAGCUUAACCCUAAGGUCCACUUAUUUAAAGUAAAACACAGCAAAACCAGAUAACUUUUCCGUUAUCAACAGAAAAUUCUUGACUGUAAAUGUCACAAAUGCUGACCCCACUCCCAUCUGUAUUGGUGUAUUAAAGAUCAGUGAUUCAUGCUAAGUAAAAUAUAGAACAAUGUAACUCAGCUCUCAUAAAAUGUUUUAGGCAUUUAGGUAUUGGAUGAUGCUGAGUGUGCUGUACAAUACAUAUGAUCAUGUAGUCCAAUACCAACAGAAAGAGUACUGUGACAACAAUUAUUAGAGUAGAGCAGUUUGACAUCCCAUUGUAAAGUAUGCCUCAUUGUGUCUAGAAAAGUCUCUAACUGCAUUAUCCUGGAUAUAUCCUAGUUUUACUGAUACUGAAAGCCCAUUACUGAUCUCCAUCAAAUAAAUGUGCUGCGAUCUCGAUAAAAGAUCUGAAGUCUAAAAGUGCAGAGUAGAAUGCCUACUGUACAUAGACAUGUAGUGGCACUGAGGACUUACUAGUUAAUGCAAGGUAGCUCCUAAGACUCUAGACUACAACAACCGUACGUGUGAUCAGUGUGACUUAAAGGUUUAAACCAAGACUGAUCUAAACAUGGGAUCCCAGGAUCUCCCUGUUGCGAUCCAGACAAUCUGAUCAAUGUGUCUAAGCAUGCUGUAAAUGAGACAACUGUUGACUCUGUUUAGAGACAUGACCACUGUGGUUUGAGUUCACUACCAUGAUUUUUGUAAAGUGUACGUUGUAUUGGAAUAUAUCAUUUAUCAUUCUGUAUACAUUUAAUAGAUGUUAUACGAGCCUUCAAAAGCGUUGGUAAAAGAUAUUUAGAAUUUUUAAACUAUAUAGCCCAACAAAGGGCUCCUGAAGCCAGCACUCUUCUAUGCAAGCUGUUGGGAAACAACUACUGAGUUUGUAUCAGGGCUGGCUUUGGAUGACGGCCCAUUGCUGGGUUAUUGACUUUUGGUAACAAAUUAGAUUUCAUUAUCUUGAAUGGUUGUUCCUUGGAUACUUUAUAUCUCAGCAAAUACUGUAUUGUGAUAAUCACAUUGUAUACACUGAGCUUACACCGAGUUAUAAUAUAAAGGUUGUACCUGAACAUUAUAUGCGAUAUCAGAAACAAGCCUGUCUGUAUGUACAUUUGUUGAAAAGCUGCAUAUUAUUAAUAUGAUGUAUCCAUUUCUUACAUGUAACACAAAGCAUAUGGUUAGGAUCAAAUGCCACAAUUUUAGAAUCUUACAAAUUAUGUACCUGAGUGGAACCUUAAUCAAUUCCUAGUUGCCUAAAAGUUCUAGCUGUAUGAAUGUAGCAAACUCUUUUAGAUGUAAGGAAUACAAACAUACUAUAUGAAGUAAUUGUUGUGGUUGUAAUAUGUUGUAUAUCCACUUUUGUUGAUAUUAUUGCAUCUCUCCUCUUGAUGUACAUGUAUGUAAUGUACUUACCGGGCAAGUGGCUUGGCAAAGAUUUAUGAAAGUGUGCUUCACAAUUAUCAUUGUUGGAAAGCCAAGAAAUUUUCAAAUCAUACAAAUUGUCAUGUGAAAACACUUUCUUGUACUAUCAAAUCACAAAUAGUGAACCAAUCUUUCGGGUAAACAUAGUUAUAGCAAAAUGCACACAUAUUGUUACGGCCUGAGUGACAAGUCUGGGAUAUUGUCAAUGACUUAAGGUGGAAAUUACCCAAACCACACGUUUUGGACCUGCAAAAUGGAAUUUCUACCAUGAGAAAACCAAAUUCAAGUUCUUUUAUUCAGAAACAUCAAAUUCUCACAACUUUCUUCAAGUUGACUUUCCUUUAAGAUAGUUUGGAGUUACUCAAACAUCUUCUGAAAUUGUGAAGUUUGCCUACAUCAGUCAUAGCUUGUCUUGUAUGGUGUCUAUCAUAGGAGACCAUGUAUGCUAAGGAGACAGAAAUGUCAUAGAAGAAGCCUUGGAAUUAAUUCUGUACAGAGAAUUCAAUGAUAAUAAUUAUUGCUCUUGCUGCAUGUGCAUACUGAGAGAAAUCCGCGUCUGGCACUUUUCCCUGUAGCCAAAGAAGAUUGUUGUUGGUGUGUUGUGUGCUGAUACACGUGAUAGGGUAGAUACAUGUACAAUCCAUGACAUCAGAACUGUUGUAGCCUGGGAUGCAGCCUUCUUCAGCUUCGGUUUUGGCAGAAGCAAGAAGUGAAUUGAAUUGAAGCUUAGCAAGGCUGGAUUUCAGGCUUUUCAGUUUUCAGGUUAAUGUUAGAGACUUAAAAGUGUACAGGAAUGCUGGGAAACGAGUUAAAUGGUUGUGCAUGUCAUAUGUUGGCGAUGAGGAGGUCCGCAAGCCCGAGCAAUCAGAUGUAAGAAAUGUCUGAUUAUCACAGCCCUUACCUAAUACAACGGUGUGGUGGUGUUACAUAGAUGCUCAACGUGUUCAGGCAGAGGAGCUAGUGGGCCCUUGCUGUGGUAAUUUUACAUCAUGCCUCAACAUGCUCAGAUAAAGGAGCUAGAGGCCCUUGGCUGUGCACUGAUGACUGUACUGUAGCUUGCGAGCAGACACAUGCUUUGCAAACCUUAACAAUAAAAAAAAACACAUAAAAAGUAUAACUAC